CUAUUUGGGGCAGCCUACUCUGGCCUCCCCUGCUGCCUUCUCUCAGUGCCCUCCAGGCGGAAAGGUGCAAAGGCUGGAGAGGGCACAGCAAGUCCCUGUGAUUACUGCCAGUGCGAGGCACACCCAGCGGAUUUGUCCUUCAUCAAGGUCAGUGCGGAUGUGCUCUCUGCCUCCUCCACAAACCGUCUGCAGCCACCUGGAAAGUAGCUACACCAGGGCCUUGCAAACUGCCUUAGGGAUGCUGUCUGAAGCCGGAGGAAACAGUAAUAGUUAAAGUAAGGCUGGCCUCUCUGCAGUCAGAGGUCUGAGCUCUGCCAUGGGGGUAGGGGUGUCUUUAUUGCUGCAGUUUUCUCUGACACCUGGGGGCUACCGGAGUGUGGGCCGAAGCAGGCGCUGCAGCCGCAGAAGUAUCCCCAGGAACAUCCCCAGGAGGAGCUGGAAAAAGCCUCAUUCCCAGCUCUGCAGUCUCAAGGCAGAGGAAGACCCGAUGCUGGAACGUCGCUGCAGAGGCCCCCUGGCCAUGGGCCCGGCCCAGCCCCGACUCCUUUCUGGGCCCUCCCAGGAGUCACCCCAGACCCUGGAGAAGGAGCCCCGCAGGCUGAGGCAACAAGGCACUUCAGUGUCCCAGCCCGGCAGCCAGGCCCCGGGCAGGGCCCAUCGCUGUGCACACUGUCGAAGGCACUUCUCAGGCUGGGUGGCCCUGUGGCUUCAUGCCCGCCGGUGCCUGGCCCGGCUGCCCCUGCCCUGCCCUGAGUGCGGCCGUCGCUUCCGCCAUGCCCCCUUCUUAGUGCUACAUCGCCAGGUCCAUGCUGCUGCCACCCCAGACCUGGGCUUCGCCUGCCACCUCUGUGGGCAGAGCUUCCGAGGCUGGGUGGCCCUGGUUCUGCAUCUGCGGGCCCACUCGGCUGCAAAGAGGCCCAUCGCUUGUCCCAAAUGCGAGAGACGCUUCUGGCGACGAAAGCAGCUUCAGGCUCAUCUGCGGCGGUGCCACCCCCCUGUCCCGGAGGCCCGGCCCUUCAUAUGUGGCAACUGUGGCCGGAGCUUUGCCCAGUGGGACCAGCUUGUUGCUCACAAGCGGGUGCAUGUAGCCGAGGCCCUGGAAGAGGCAGCAGCCAAGGCUCUGGGGCCCCGGCCCAGGGGCCGCCCUGCGGUGACCGCCCCCCGGCCUGGUGGAGACGCGGUUGACCGCCCUUUCCAGUGUGCCUGCUGUGGCAAGCGCUUCCGGCACAAGCCCAACUUGAUCGCCCACCGCCGCGUGCACACGGGUGAGCGGCCGCACCAGUGCCCGGAGUGCGGGAAGCGCUUCACCAACAAGCCCUACCUGACCUCGCACCGGCGCAUCCACACCGGCGAGAAGCCCUACCCGUGCACGGAGUGCGGCCGUCGCUUCCGGCACAAACCCAACCUGCUGUCCCACAGCAAGAUCCACAAGCGAUCCGAGGGCUCCACCCAGGCCGCCCCCGGCCCCGGCAGCCCCCAGCUUCCAGCCAGGCCCGGGGCUGAACCCACUCCAGAGGCCCCGCUGAGACCUGCCCGGGAGCCGGCGCCGGAGGCCCCCCGAGAGCCCCCGCAGGACCAGGCCGAAGCCCCCGCGUCCCUCUACAGCUGCGACGACUGCGGGAGGAGCUUCCGGCUCGAGCGCUUCCUGCGGGCCCACCAGCGGCAGCACACGGGCGAGCGGCCCUUCACCUGCGCCGAGUGCGGGAAGAACUUCGGCAAGAAGACCCACCUGGUGGCGCACUCGCGGGUUCACUCUGGCGAGCGCCCCUUUGCCUGCGAGGAGUGCGGGCGCCGCUUCUCCCAGGGCAGCCACCUGGCGGCGCACCGGCGCGACCACGCGCCCGAGCGCCCCUUCGUCUGCCCCGAUUGCGGCAAGGCUUUCCGCCACAAGCCCUACCUGGCCGCCCACCGGCGCAUCCACACCGGCGAGAAGCCCUACGUCUGCCCCGACUGCGGCAAAGCCUUCAGCCAGAAGUCUAACCUGGUGUCCCACCGGCGCAUCCACACGGGCGAGCGGCCCUACGCCUGCCCCGACUGCGACCGCAGCUUCAGCCAGAAGUCCAACCUCAUCACCCACCGCAAAAGCCACAUCCGGGACGGCGCCUUCUGCUGUGCCAUCUGUGGCCAGACCUUUGACGACGAGGAGAGGCUCCUGGCCCACCAGAAGAAGCACGAUGUCUGAGGCGGGCGGGGCUGGGGCGUCGCUGUGGGCUGGGUGGGGAUGCCUGCCUGUUGCUGGGGUAGGGGAGACGAAUCCCAGAGGGGACAGAAGAGGCGGGGAGUGAGCUGGGCCCUGUGAGCCAGGAAGGUCAACCCGGGGUGGCCAGGGAAUCCACUUCAGAGCUCAAGGACGCUGGCCUCCAGUUGGUGUUUGCUAGGGUUCCUGACUGUCCUGUGCCCUGGAAAAGUAGCAAUAGCAACUCCACCUACCCCUUAGAGCCCUCUGACUAGAGGAACCACCAGUGGGAGGGAAGACCCUCCAUCCUCUGGUGUUAACGCCUUAAUGUCCCUGUCUUACUAUGAGUUACUUCAGAUCAUUUUUGGAAGUAGGUGUGGUACAGUCCUUAGUGAAUGAAUGCCUGGGGAGGAAAAGUGGACCAGCUGGAUACAUCUUGGAGAACCUGCUAGCCUUGUUAGACAGCACCUAGGCCUUUUCCAGCAUCUAGAGGUGAAGCUGAGCUGCUCUUACCUCCUGCCCCUGCUCCUCUCUCCUGCCCCUGCACAGGCACCCAGACAGACUUGGAUACCCAUCUACUGUUUGUGAUGUCAUCUUCUUCCUCCUCAGAGAUCAAACCCCCAAGGCAUUUCCUCCUUGGUCUGUCUUGCUUUAUCUCUCCCCCCACCCCCCACCCCAAGUGCUUAGAGCUUCCCCUGGCUGUCAGCAGCUCUGUGUCCAGGCUUUCAACACCCCAACCCUCCUCACUCCUUCCAAAGCUCAACAUGUUGUAGAAAGGGCUGCCCCAUGGGUGACGGAGGGUCAGCUAAAGGGAAGAUGCUGGUUGAGUUUCCUUUCCCACAUUUCUAGCAUAUGGAUGUGCAACCUCUGCUUGAGCACUUAGGUGACAGGGAGUUCCCCACCUCCUGAGGCCCUGGUCCUAUCGUAGGAUGAUUCUAAUUGUUAGAAAUUCUUCCUUAUAAUAAAUGAAUUCUGCUUUCCUAUAAUUUCUAUCUAUUGGGCCUUGUGCUGUUCUGUGGAACUAAACAGAACAACCAUUUACCCUCCUUUUCAAACUAGAAAAUAAAGAUUUGGUUUUAGA